UCUCCUGGAACAUAAAUGGCGUUAUCUGCAAAGCAGCGGGUAUUCACUGUGCCACGAAGACCCGAGCACCGCUCCCCAGACAGCGAGGUGGCUUCACCCACGUGGAGCUGUGGGCUUGGGGACACCCAGGUCACCCGCAGGUGGCUCGAGUGGGAGCUCCGGUGGUGCCCGGAGGGAGACGCGGCUCCGCGCCGUGCCCUGGGGCUGUCACCCGAGCAGACGCGCCGCGGCCCAUUCCCCACGCGCGGCGGAGGAGCGCGCCGAGCUCGACGCUUUCCGGCGCUGGCCGCCGAAGAUUGCCGAAGCGGCGAGCGAUGCGCAUGCGCGGUGUCGCGGCGGGGCCCAGUGAUGGCGGCGGCGGCCGGCGCGGGCAUGGCUGGGGCGGAGGACGGUGCCGCGGGCCCUGUGCGGGACGGGGCCGAGGCCGAGACGGGCGCGCCGGGCUCUGGCGUGGCCGAGGCGCCGCCGCCGCCGCUGCCGGGGCUGCAGCUGGUGCAGCAGGGCGCCGAGGCGCGCGUCUACCGGGGGUGUUUCCUGGGGCGGGCGGCCGUGGCCAAGCUCCGCUUCCCGAAGCGCUACCGGCACCCGGCGCUCGAGGAGCGGCUCAGCCGGCGGCGCACGGCGCAGGAGGCGCGGUCCCUGCUGCGCUGCCGACGGGCAGGGAUCCCAGCUCCUGUGGUCUACUUCGUGGAUUAUGUGUCCAACUGCAUCUAUCUUGAAGACAUUGCCGGCGCGAUCGCCGUUCAGGAUCACAUCUACUCCGUGCAGCGGAGCGGCAGCGAUGCCGGCAGCCUCCUCGGCUUGGCGGAGAAGAUGGGCCAGCUGCUGGCCAGGAUGCAUGACGAGGACCUCAUCCACGGGGACCUCACGACAUCCAACAUGCUGCUGCGGCCGCCCGUGGAGCAGCUGGACUUGGUGCUGAUUGACUUUGGGCUCAGCUUUAUUUCGGGUCUUCCUGAGGAUAAAGGGGUCGAUUUGUAUGUGUUGGAAAAAGCCUUCCUUAGUACCCAUCCCGAUACAGAAACUGUGUUUCAGGCUCUGCUAAAGAGUUACGCAGCCGCAUCGAAGAAAUCCGGCCCAGUGAUGAAACGGCUGGAUGAGGUGCGGCUCAGGGGGAGGAAGAGGUCCAUGAUUGGAUAACAGAGCAGGAGCAGCGAUGGAGAAAUAUUCCUGCUUGGUUCUGCGAGUGGGGUUGUUUAUACUUCCAGUUAGUUUUAUUGCCCAGAUUACUAUUUUGAUAACAGCGUCUCGUAUUAAAUAAAUUGGAUUGAAUUUCUAA